GGCUGGCUGGUGACAAGGGGCAAAGGCUUUAGAUAGAAAGAGGGGGAAAAGUUUAAAAAAUACCAAUAACAAUUAGUUAAGGAGAGCAGCUGAGGACAGACAGGACGUGAAUGUUACAGAGAGGGAGUCAUUAGGAACAUAGGAAAAGAGAGAGAAGCUGAGAUUUGAGCUGCAGGUGGAGGUCCGUCACCUUUGAACCACUGGAAGAGGCUGAGAAUUAAGACUCUGACAGAGACCAAGAGGACAGCCAUGUUUUCAGCCAGACCAGAGAUCCAGCUGUAAAAGACAAGAGGCGGUCGCCCCCCUCUAACAGAUCCCCCUCCGCCCCACAACGCAACCCUCACCACAGCGGCUCCACAGACGAACAGGAGAGCCCAGAGAGAGUGGUGCAGAAGGAGAAGCUUCAUGCAGAGCUGAAGCAGGUAUUGAGUCAGAAGAGAAGUCACCUGAGAGAGUCGACCUGCCAGCUGGCCCAGCCAGAGAUGGACUCCGAGACCACAGACGAACAGACAUGUGAAGAGGACGCCUCCCAAUCCGUGGAAAUCGUGGUGGAGGCGGAGGCUGGAGCCAGCGGCUACAGUGUGACUGGUGGAGGACAGCGAGGGAUCUUUGUUAAAGACGUCCUCAGAGACUCACCAGCCGCCAAACAUCUCAGUCUACAGGAAGGGGACCAGCUGCUGAGUGCCAAGGUCUACUUCGACAACGUGAAGUAUGAAGACGCUCUGAAGAUCCUUCAGUGUGCCGAGCCAUACAAGGUCAGCUUCCAGCUGAAGAGGAGCAUCCCCGGAGUCGAGGUCUGCGUGCGGCCUCGAGUUCCCAGUGUGGAAGUCAAAGGUCCCAAAGCCAAGACUGCCAAAAUGAGUGUGAAGGGCAGCAAGGCAUUCAAGGCCAAGAAGAAGAGAGGUGGUCGUUUUGGUCUGAAGAGGCUGAAGGAGAAACGCAGAGAGGAGCUGGUGAUUGAGGGAACGCCGCCCAGGCUGGAGAUGAGUGACGUAGAUGUGGAGUUUUCUCUCCCCAAAUUCAAACAGAGGAGGAGCACGAAGGUCGAAGCAGAAGGAGCCGGAGGAGCAGCAGCCGUGGGGAAGGCAAAGAGAAGGAUCAGGUUUCCCCACAUGAAAACAAAGAGUUACACUGGAGAAGACGCAGGAGGAAAAGUGGAAACAGGACAGCUCGAGGGACAGGUGAAUAUCUCUUCACCUGCGAUACCUGGAGCUAAAGUGAAAACAAAAGGAAAAGGACACAAGUUUGGAAUCACCUUUCCUAGGACCAAACACACAAAGUCAGGCUCAGCAUUGGAAACUGGAUCUGUGGAGCUGAAGCCUCCGAGUGUGAUCAUUCAGCAACCAUCAGUGGAGUUCAGUUUGUCUGGUGAUAAAAAAGUAGACGCGGAGAAGGGAGGAGUUAAGCUUAACGUGCCUGACGUGGAGUUUGCACUCCCUUCAGGAAAAGGUGAGGCAUCUUUGCCCGCUGUGAAGGGAAAAGCAGAAAUCAAAGUUCCGAAAAUCGACAUCAAAGGAGGAGUUGAUGCAGAGGCAGCUGUUGGAAGAGUUGAUGUAGACAUAGGCAAAGGAGAUGCAAAGCUAAGAAUGCCAAAGUUGAAACUGCCCAAAGUUAGACUCUCACGUCAUUCGGAUGAGAUAGAUGGGGACAUUAAGGUGAAAGCCAAAGGGAUGAAGGUGCCUCACGCUAACAUAAUACCAAAAGUAGAAAUCACAGGAGGUGGUGAGAUUAAUCUCCCUGAGGCAAAUAUCACCAAACCAAAGAUGGAAGUUGAUCUCUCAGGAAAAGCUACAUCUAUUAAAAUGCCUUCUGUUGAUAUUCCUUUACCAAAAGUGAAGGGAAAGUCUGACAUGGACGUCUCACUCCCAGAGUACGAAGGAGCUGGGAAGACGGCAAUCAAAAUGCCUGCCAUUGACAUCUCUGUGCCUGAUGUUGAUUUUGAAUUGGACACCAGACACAGAAUUCCUGAUGAGGUGGAGGGCACUUUUAAAGGGCCCAAAAUCUCCAUGCCAAAAGUUGAUAUGUCGUUGCCAAAGAUGGGAUCAUCCAAUGUGGAUAUUGAAGGUCUAGAAGGUGGAGGGAAAUUUAGUCUACCUUCUGUUGACAUCUCUCCACCAAAGGUGAAAACAGAGGGUGGAGAUGUGGAUAUGCACUACUAUGUUGGUGGAGAUGGGAAGUUCAAAAUGCCUGAGUUUGACAUAUCCCUUCCAAAUUUGAAGUCACCAGAAGGAGAAGUAAAUAUCAAAGCCGAAGGCUUCAAGUUACCCAAAGUAGACCUGACACUUCCCAAGGGCAAAGCAGUAAUGACUGAUAUAACUGAUAUUGAAGGAGGAGGAAAAUUUCAGGUACCAUCGAUUGACAUCUCUCUCCCUAAAAUGAAAACAGGUGAGGUGGUGGUUGACAUUGAAGGCCCUGAAGUGAAAGGUGGUAAAUUUGAAAUGCCGACACUUGAUAUUUCUCUGCCCAAAGGCAAAAUGGAAGGAGACAUUGACGUAGAAGGACAUGCUGGGAAGGGAGGAAAAUUCAAAAUGCCUACCUUUGAUGUGUCUCUGCCAAAGCUUAAACAACCAGAGGGUCAUGUGAACAUAGAGACACCCACACUUGAGGGUGGGGGUAAGAUCAAGAUGCCCUCUCUUGAUAUAUCAAUGCCAAAAGGAAAGUUGGAGGAUGACAUUGAAAUAGAGGGUCCAUCUGCAAAAGGUGGAAGGUUCAAAAUGCCCUCACUUGACGUCAGACUCCCUAAGAUGGGGACAACUGGGGCUGAAGUUGACUUAAAAGGACCUGAAAUUAAAGGAGAGAAAAUUGAGAUGCCAUCAAUAGAUAUUUCUCUACCAAAAGGUAAAUCCAAGGGUGAGGUAGAUAUCGAGGGAAAGGAAGGCAAGUUCAAAAUGCCUUCAUAUAAUAUAAAUCUUCCAAAAAUGAAGUUGUCUGAGGGAGAAGUUGUUUUGGAGGGACCUGAAAUCAAAGGUGGAAAGAUUGAGACGCCUACUGUCGAUUUCUCUGUUCCCCAAGGAAACCUAGAGGGAGAUUUGGACAUUGGUGGCAGUAAAGUAAAAGGAGGCAAAUUCAACAUGCCCUCUUUAGACAUUUCUCUCCCGAAAAUGAAGCUACCUGAGGGAGACAUGAAGCUAGAAUGUCCUGAACUUCCAAAUGUUGACUUUUCACUCCCCAAGGCAAAUGUGGAGGGCAACAUAGAGCUUGAGGGCAGUGAUGGUAGCGGACACAGGUUCAAGAUGCCAACUUUUGACAUCUCAUUCCCAAAGAUGAAAACCAAGGAGGGAGAGGUUGAUAUUGAAGGACCUGAAGUCAAAGGAGGAGCAAAGUUCAACAUGCCAUCACUCGACAUCUCUCCUCCUGCUAUGAAAUCACCAAAGGGGGAGGUAGAGAUUGAUGCUUCUGGAGCCAAAGGAGGAAAGUUUCAGAUGCCUUCUUUAGAUAUAUUACUACCAAAGAUCAAAUCACAGGGGGGUGACAUUGAUAUUGAAUCUCCUGAGUUUAAGGCAGAUUUAGACCUAAAGGGAGGUGAGAUCAAGGGAGGUAAAAUAAACAUGCCUACAGUUGAUUUCACUCUUCCAAAAGGAAAAGCAGAGGGUAAGAUGAAUAUUGAAGGACCUGCAGGGAAAGGAGGCAAGUUUAAGAUGCCUACAUUUGAUAAAUCGCUACCAAAGAUGAAGAUGCCUGAGGGAAAUAUUGGCCUUGAGGGACCCUCGGUUGAUAUCUCUAUUCCAAAGGGAAAAGUAGAGGGUGACAUAGAAACCAAAGGUAAAGGAGGACUUUUUCAUAUUCCCUCAAUUGAUGUUUCUCUACCUAAAAUAAAAUCAAAGCGAGGUGACAUCAACAUUGAGGGACCAGAAAUUAAAGGUGGGGGAAUUAAAAUGCCAACAAUUGACAUUUCAACCCCUCAAGGAUCAUUAGAAGGUGAUUUCACUGUCGAGGGUGAAGGAAAAGAAGGAAAAUUCAGCCUGCCGUCAGUAGACAUCGCCCUCCCUGAAGUAAAAUUCCCUGAAGGAGAUGUGAAUUUUCAAGGGCCGAAAGUUAAAGGUUGGAAAUAUGAAAUGCCAAAAGUAAACCUCUCGCUUCCUAAAGGAAAAGCACAGGGAGACAUUGAUCUUGACAUUUGCUCUGGAAAAGAUGGGAAUAUUGAAAUACAAUCCUAUCAUACUGGACUUCCUAGAGGAAAAUUCAAAGGUCCUGAGCUUAAGGGAGGACAAAUCAACAUGCCAGACAUUGACCUGUCACUCCCCAAAGGAAAGGCUGACCUCAGUAUUGAGGGGCCUGAGGAAAAAGGAGGAAAAUUCAAAAUGCCAAAAUUCGACGUUUCACUUCCAAAGAUUAACCUGCCAGAGGGCAAUGUCAAACUGGAAGGACCAGGGAUAAAAGGAAAAAUGGAAAUGCCAACUGUUGAUAUUUCACUUCCAAAAGGAAAGCUAGCAGGAGAUGUUGACACUGAAGGGAACGGUGGUAAAGGAGGCAAGUUUCACAUGCCUUCACUUGAUAUCUCUCUUCCUAAAAUCAAAGGUGAUAUGUCACUCCCUAAAAUUAAGUCUCCAGAGGUAGAUAUCAGCCUUGAGGGUCCUGAUGUUGAAGGAGGAAAGUUUAACUUGCCAACUGUUGCCAUUUCACUCCCCAAAGGAAAAGCUGAGGGUGACCUUGAUGUUGAGGGUCCUGAGGUGAAGGGGGGUACAUUUAAAAUGCCAAAAGGUGAAGUUUCUUUACCAAAGGUGAGUCUCCCAGAGGGUGAUGUCAAAAUAAAAAGCCCAGAAAUCAAAGGAGGGAAGAUUGAAAUGCCAGACAUUAAUAUGUCACUACCCAAAGGAAAAGCUGGAGGGGAAAUUGAAGGACAUGCUGGCAAAGGAGGCAAGUUCCAUAUGCCCUCUGUUGACAUCUCUCUUCCUAAAAUGAAAGCUAAGGGACCAGAGAUAAAUAUCGUAGGCCCUAAAGUUAAAGUUGGAAAGCUAAACAUACCAUCACUUGACGUUUCUCUGCCCAAAGUAAAAUCUCCUGAUGUAGAUACCAGCCUUGAGGGUCCUGAUCUCAAAGGAGGAAAGGUCAACAUCCCAACUGUUGACAUUUCACUUCCCAAAGGAAAAGUUGAGAGUGACAUAAAUGUUGAAGGCCUUGAGGUGAAAGGAGGGAAAUUCAAAAUGCCGAAAUUUGAUGUAUCUCUGCCAAAAGUGAGUCUGCCAAAGGUUGAUGCCAAUGUGGAAGGACCAGAUAUGAAAGGAAGAAAUGAAAUGCCAACUCUUGAUAUUUCACUUCCAAAAGGAAAAGCAGAUGUGGAUAUUGACAUUGAUGGGCACAGUGUUAAAGGAGGCAAGUUGCACAUGCCCUCACUUGAUAUAUCUAUUCCUAAAAUGAAAGCAAAGGGAGUUGAUGUUGAUAUUGAAGGACCGGAACUUAAAGGUAACAUUUCACUCACCAAAGGAAACGCUGAGGGUGACCUUGACAUUGAAGGUCCUGAAGUGAAGGAGGGUACAUUUAAAAUGCCAAAAUUUGAUAUCUCAUUGCCAAAAGUGAAUCUCCCAGAGGGUGAUGUCAAAAUAAAAGGCCCAGACAUCAAGGGAGGCAAGAUUGAAAUGCCAGACAUUGACCUGUCACUACCCAAAGGAAAAGCAAAAGGAGAAAUAGACAUUGAAGGACAUGCAGGAGGCAAGUUCCAUAUGCCCUCUGUUGAUAUUUCUCUUCCUAAAUUGAAAGCAAAGGGAGUUGAUGUCAAUAUUGAAGGUCCUGAACUUAAGGGAGGGAAAAUCAACAUGCCAGACAUUGACCUGUCACUCCCCAAAGGAAAUGCUGAUCUUAGUAUUGAGGGUUCUGAGGUAAAAGGAGGCAAAUUCAAAAUGCCUAAAUUUGAUGUUUCACUUCCAAAGAUGAACCUGCUAGAAGGCAAUGUCAAAGUGGAAGGACCAGAGAUGCCAGCUGUUGACAUUUCAGUUCCAGUGGAAAGAGAAGAGGGAGAUAUCAAGAUUGAAGGACCAUCUGGAAAGGGAAAGAUUGAAGUGACAAAGGUUGACCUAUCUGGUAAAAAAGGUGGUGGGCUCCACAUGCCAACUCUUGACAUAAAUCUCCCCAAAUUUGAUCUUGACCUCAGCCUUCCCUCUGGUCUGAAAGACCAAAGCCUCAAAGUGGACACCAGUGGUCAAGCAUCAGGAGAUUUGAAGAUGUCUGGUCUCAAACAAGAUAUUAAUCCAGCCAAGUUAAAGGUAAAGGGUGUGGACAUCAAGACAGGUGGUACAGAAGGCCCAGGUGUAUCCCUCAAACUUCCCAAUGUCAAACUACCAACAGUUGACAUCUCAGCUCCAAGGGUGGAUCUAGACUUUGGCCUCACUAAACCUAAAGGUGACGAUGUGGAAGUGGAACUUCUGAAAGCAGAGGGAGGCAGGCCUUCUUCAGGGGGCAGCUUUGAUCUACCUAAUGUCUCCCUUAAAGUCCCCAGUUUUUCUCUUCCCAGAUUUGGUGGAAAGUCUAAGAGUGGUGAUUUGGUGAUAUCUGGCCCCAAGGGGGAUGUUUCCCUCAGCGCACCACAUGUGGAAGGAGAGAUUAGGGCACCAUCAGUGGAGUUUGAUGGGGAUGGAAAGGUCAAGGUGAAAAAACCUAAAAUCAAAAUGCCCUCAUUUGGUAUAUCCAAAAAGCAUGCAGAUGUAUCCGUGUCAUGUCCUGAUGUGGAUGUUAAAGUAAAGAAAGGGAAAAUUGGCAUUUCUAAACCAGAAGUCAAUGUUGGGAGCCCAGAUGAUAAAUCAAAAUACAAAGUGAAAUUCCCUAAGUUUAAAAUAUCAUCAGCAAAAGGUCAACUCUCAGAGGGAGAGGUUGAUGCGAAACUAGAGGGAAAUGUGGAAGGAAAAGGUGGCUUCCAUGCACCUGACGUCACUGUCAAACUACCAAAGUUCUCCAUGCUAGGAUUUGGCUCCAAAGAAAAAGAUUUAGGUAAGCCAAGUGGUUACCUUGAGUCGAAGGCCAAAGUUAAGAUGCCCUCUGUCGAACUGUCGCUACCAGCAGCUAAAACACCAGAUAAUGAGAUUCUCCUUCCCAAAGCAGAGGUUGAUGUCUCAGAGGCUGAUAUCAGAGGUUAUGAGGGAAACCUCAAAAUUCCCAAAAUGCCCAUGAUUGAUGUUUCCAUUCCCAAAAUAGACCUAGAUGUGUCCCUGCCAAAAGUAAAGCAUGAUGCAAAGGUUGAUGAACAAGGAGGAAAAUUCAAGAUACCACACAUCAAGAUGCCUGACAUUGACUUCUCCCUUCCUAAAGGUAAAGCAGGUGACACUGAAGGAGGUCACGUUGGAGUCGAUGCAGAAGGAGGAAAAUUUAAAAUGCCUCACGUAAAAAUGCCAGAUGUUGACAUCUCUCUGCCCAAAGGAAAGAUUGAGGGUCCAGACAUUGAAAUGGAGGGAGGUACUGGAGGAAAAUUCAAAAUGCCUCACAUGAAAAUGCCCAACAUUGACAUCUCUCUGCCAAAAGGAAAGAUCGAAGGUCCAGACAUUGAAAUGGAGGGAGGUACCGGAGGAAAGUUCAAAAUGCCUCACAUGAAAAUGCCACAUGUUGACAUGUCUCUGCCCAAAGGAAAGAUUGAAGGUCCAGAUGUUGAAAUGGAGGGAGGUACCGGAGGAAAGUUCAAAAUGCCUCACAUGAAAAUGCCCAACAUCGACAUCUCUCUACCAAAAGGAGAGAUUGAAGGUCCAGAGAUUGAAAUGGAGGGAGGUACUGGAGGAAAGUUCAAAAUGCCUCACAUGAAAAUGCCAGAUGUUGACAUCUCUCUACCUAAAGGAAAGAUUGAGGGUCCAGAUGUUGAAAUGGAGGGAAGGACUGGAGGAAAGUUCAAAAUGCCUCACAUGAAAAUGCCAGAUGUUGACAUCUCUCUACCUAAAGGAAAGAUUGAGGGUCCAGAGAUGGAGAUCAAAGGAGAAGGUGGAAAAUUCAAGAUGCCACAUCUCAGCAUGCCCUCUGUUGAUAUUUCACUGCCAAAAGGAAAGGUUGAGGGUCCAGACAUUGAAAUGGAGGGAGGUACUGGAGGAAAAUUCAAAAUGCCUCACAUGAAAAUGCCCAACAUUGACAUCUCUCUGCCCAAAGGAAAGAUUGAGGGUCCAGACAUUGAAAUGGAGGAAGGUACUGGAGGAAAAUUCAAAAUGCCUCACAUGAAAAUGCCCAACGUUGACAUCUCUCUACCUAAAGGAAAGAUUGAAGGUCCAGAUGUUGAAAUGGAGGGAAGGACUGGAGGAAAGUUCAAAAUGCCUCACAUGAAAAUGCCAGAUGUUGACAUCUCUCUACCUAAAGGAAAGAUUGAGGGUCCAGAGAUGGAGAUCAAAGGAGAAGGUGGAAAAUUCAAGAUGCCACAUCUCAGCAUGCCCUCUGUUGAUAUUUCACUGCCAAAAGGAAAGGUUGAGGGUCCAGACAUUGAAAUGGAGGGAGGUACUGGAGGAAAAUUCAAAAUGCCUCACAUGAAAAUGCCAGAUUUUGACAUCUCUCUACCUAAAGGAAAGAUUGAAGGUCCAGAUGUUGAAAUGGAGGGAAGGACUGGAGGAAAGUUCAAAAUGCCUCACAUGAAAAUGCCAGAUGUUGACAUCUCUCUACCUAAAAGAAAGAUUGAGGGUCCAGACAUUGAAAUGGAGGGAGGUACUGGAGGAAAAUUCAAAAUGCCUCACAUGAAAAUGCCAGAUGUUGACAUCUCUCUACCUAAAGGAAAGAUUGAAGGUCCAGAUGUUGAAAUGGAGGGAAGGACUGGAGGAAUGUUCAAAAUGCCUCACAUGAAAAUGCCAGAUGUUGACAUCUCUCUGCCCAAAGGAAAGAUUGAGGGUCCAGACAUUGAAAUGGAGGGAGGUACCGGAGGAAAGUUCAAAAUGCCUGACAUGAAAAUGCCAGAUGUUGACAUCUCUCUACCUAAAGGAAAGAUUGAGGGUCCAGAUGUUGAAAUGGAGGGAGGGACUGGAGGAAAGUUCAAAAUGCCUCACAUGAAAAUGCCAGAUGUUGACAUCUCUCUGCCCAAAGGAAAGAUUGAAGGUCCAGAUGUUGAAAUGGAGGGAAGGACUGGAGGAAAGUUCAAAAUGCCUCACAUGAAAAUGCCAGGUUUUGACAUCUCUCUACCUAAAGGAAAGAUUGAAGGUCCAGAUGUUGAAAUGGAGAGAAGGACUGGAGGAAAGUUCAAAAUGCCUCACAUGAAAAUGCCAGGUUUUGACAUCUCUCUACCUAAAGGAAAGAUUGAAGGUCCAGAUGUUGAAAUUGAGGGAAGGACUGGAGGAAAGUUCAAAAUGCCUCACAUGAAAAUGCCAGAUGUUGACAUCUCUCUACCUAAAGGAAAGAUUGAGGGUCCAGAGAUGGAGAUCAAAGGAGAAGGUGGAAAAUUCAAGAUGCCACAUCUCAGCAUGCCCUCUGUUGAUAUUUCACUGCCAAAAGGAAAGGUUGAGGGUCCAGACAUUGAAAUGGAGGGAGGUACUGGAGGAAAAUUCAAAAUGCCUCACAUGAAAAUGCCAGAUUUUGACAUCUCUCUACCUAAAGGAAAGAUUGAGGGUCCAGACAUUGAAAUGGAGGGAGGUACUGGAGGAAAAUUCAAAAUGCCUCACAUGAAAAUGCCAGAUUUUGACAUCUCUCUACCUAAAGGAAAGAUUGAAGGUCCAGAUGUUGAAAUGGAGGGAAGGACUGGAGGAAAGUUCAAAAUGCCUCACAUGAAAAUGCCAGAUGUUGACAUCUCUCUACCUAAAAGAAAGAUUGAGGGUCCAGACAUUGAAAUGGAGGGAGGUACUGGAGGAAAAUUCAAAAUGCCUCACAUGAAAAUGCCAGAUGUUGACAUCUCUCUACCUAAAGGAAAGAUUGAAGGUCCAGAUGUUGAAAUGGAGGGAAGGACUGGAGGAAUGUUCAAAAUGCCUCACAUGAAAAUGCCAGAUGUUGACAUCUCUCUGCCCAAAGGAAAGAUUGAGGGUCCAGACAUUGAAAUGGAGGGAGGUACCGGAGGAAAGUUCAAAAUGCCUGACAUGAAAAUGCCAGAUGUUGACAUCUCUCUACCUAAAGGAAAGAUUGAGGGUCCAGAUGUUGAAAUGGAGGGAAGGACUCGAGGAAAGUUCAAAAUGCCUCACAUGAAAAUGCCAGAUGUUGACAUCUCUCUGCCAAAAGGAAAGAUUGGGGGUCCAGACAUUGAAAUGGAGGGAAGUACCGGAGGAAAGUUCAAAAUUCCUCACAUGAAAAUGCCAGAUGUUGACAUCUCUUUACCUAAAGGAAAGAUUGAGGGUCCAGAUAUGGAGAUCAAAGGAGAAGGUGGGAAAUUCAAGAUGCCACAUCUUAGCAUGCCCUCUGUUGAUAUUUCACUGCCCAAAGGAAAAAUUGAGGGUCCAGACAUUGAAAUGGAGGGAGGUACUGGAGGAAAAUUCAAAAUGCCUCACAUGAAAAUGCCCAACAUCGACAUCUCUCUGCCAAAAGGAAAGAUUGAAGGUCCAGACGUUGAAAUGGAGGGAGGUACUGGAGGGAAGUUCAAAAUGCCUCACAUGAAAAUGCCAGAUGUUGACAUCUCUCUACCUAAAGGAAAGACUGAAGGUCCAGACGUUGAAAUAGAGGGAGGUACCGGAGGGAAGUUCAAAAUGCCUCUCAUGAAAAUGCCCAACAUUGAUGUCUCUCUCCCCAAAGGAAAGAUUGAAGGCCCAGAUGUCGAAAUAGAGGGAGGUGCAGGAGGAAAGUUCAAAUUGCCUCAUUGGAAAAUGCCAGAUGUUGACAUUGCUUUUUCCAAAGGAAAAUCUGGCAAAAUUGAAGGAGUGGAGUUGGAGAUUGAGGUAGGCAAAUCUGCAAUGCCACACAUUACAAUGCCCUCAGUAGACAUGUCACUGCCAAAAGGAAAGACUGAGGGUCCCAAAGUUGAAAUUAAGGGUGAGGGAGGAAAGUUCAAGAUGCCAAAAGUGGACAUAUCUCUUCCAAAAGGAAAACCUUCAAUCAAAGGUCCAGAGGUAGAUAUUAAGGGAGAUGGGGGACAGUUCAAAAUGCCUAAUGUGGGCAUAUCUAUCCCCAAAGGAAAAGAAAGUAUUGACAUAUCAGAGGAGAAAAUGGCAGCAGAUGGAGGAACCAUCCAACUGCCCCAUGUCAAGAUGCCCAAAGUUGAUAUUUCACUUCCUAAAGGUAAAAGUAAAGAUAUUGAAGCAACUGCUAUAGAGAUGGAAGUCACAGGAGGAAAGUUCAAAGGUCCACAUGUUAAACUUCCAAAGGGGGGUAUAUCAGUGCUGAAGGAUAAAUCAGGUGAAGUGGAGAUCAACUUACCAACAGUUGAGGCAGGAGGGAAAGUUAAAGUGCCACAGGUCACAUCACCAGAUCUGGACAUCGAUGUGAGACUUGGUAAACCUAAACAAGACACAGAGGCUCAUGGGGAAGCUGAUUUGCAUGUUGAGGGAGAGCACAAAGGUCUGAAACUCAAGAUGCCAACAAUAGAUAUCAAAGGUCCAAAAGGAGACCUGGAGCUUGAUAUAGGACUUCAUAGAGGAGAGGGCAAUAAGGACAGGAAAAAAAUUGAACUACCUGACUUGGACCUCAACACAACAGGUAGCAGCAGCAAAGUAAAGGGGCCUAAAGUCAAAGGAACAAAAUUCAAGAUUGGAAUGCCAAAAAAGAAAACUGGCAGAGAUGUAACAGCAGAAGCAAAAAUAUGCAAAAAAUGUGGGGAUGAAGAGAUAGGUGGUAAAGCCAAACACAGAUGCAGGGGUAAAGAAAGAUUUGAACAUGAUGUUAAACUUGAAACUCACAACGGACAUAAAGACAACAAAGAUCGUAUUAACAUCCCAGUGCCAGAGGUUACAAUACCAACCAAACAAGGUUCAGCAGAAUUAGGAACAGGGGGAGAGGGUAGCCUCUUGUCACCCAGAGCAGAUAUCAAAGUCCCUAGGAUUCCAGACAUAGAGUUUGAUAUUGCUACAUCACAUAAUGAAGAUGAGGACAAAACCGAAAAAGGCAAGAAAAUCAAAAUCCCAAAGUUUGGUGUCCCAUUACCCUCCAUGUCCUCUCCUGAGGGAAAAUUGAAUAUCUUUGGGCCAGAAAUUCAGUAUGAGGGCCCUAAAAUGCCCAAAGUAAAGAAAGCUGUCUUUGUCUUGGUAAAUCCUCCUCAAACAGGUGAGCAUGCUGCAUGCACAGGCCACCUAGAAAAGGAGACAACACCUGAGGCUGACAAAGAGGAUGUCAAAGUGAAGAUGCCCAAAAUAAAAAUGAAGCCAAGCUUUGGGAAGUCCAAAGAUAAAGCAGCUGCUGUGUCAUUUUCUCCUGGCAAAUCAGGGUCGUUUGAUGUCAAUCUAAGGGGCAACGGUUCAGGUUCAAGUCUAAACGGUGAAAAAGAUGCAUGUCCUCACAAGGCCUCCAAUGACGAUAAAAGGACUUUCAGUGGCAAAAUUAAACUUCCAAAGGUGGAGUUAACCUCUCCAUAUGGCAAGAUGGCUGCAGAGGGGGAGGACACUGAAAUGAGUUUGAAACUGGGAAAGGAUUCAUCACCAGGAGAAGUGGAGGGAGACACUAAAGGGCUUGAAGUACAAUCAGGCAAGAUGGCCUUCGCUGGUUUUAGUGACGAGCUCUCGAAGGAUGUGGUGUCAUCUCAUGCCAGAACAGAUAUGCUGGACAGAGACAGCUCAGAGUCCCCUGCUAGUUUUACCAUGGAGUUCAGCUCAGCAAAGGUCCAGUCUUGGAGCGAGGUCGAGAGCCACAGCAGAGAGUCUGAAGAAAGAGAGUCUUCCCCCUGGUUCAAGGUCCCAAAGUUCACCCUGAAGCCACACUCCACAGGCUUCCUUCAGAUAACCCCAGAGGGUUCUCCUCAGGCCCAGCGAAAGGGGGAGGUGGGAGGCGAGGCCGAUGUAUCGGGGUCUUUCUGCCUCCACACCUCCGGGCUUGACUUCACCACCCAGGACAUAUCCGAAGAGAACCGAGUCUCCUCCACCGAGGAUGGAUCUGUCACUAUGGUGACUAAGACCACCAGGAUCACCCGGCACAUGGUUACCAGUGAAACGCGAACAGGUGAAUCUUCAGCAACCACGACAACAACUCACCAGGCGUCGGACUUCAAGCACUGAGGAUGCUGUAAUAAUAUCUUAAAUGUUUUUCUUUGGUGAGGUUGCAGUGUUCUUGUAUGCUAAGCCUGCAACGUGGCAGACUACGAUUAAGUACAAGUCUUUAUUUUAUAUUUUAAUAGGUGAGGCUAAAGCAACAGAGUAAUAUAUAUGCUUCCUUUUUUCAUUUUAAAUGUGACUAUUUUUUGUAACCGUUCUUCGACUUUUGUUAGUUUAGUCCUAAUUAUUUAUCGGAUUUUGUUUGGUUUUAAAGUUUUCACUCUGAAUGUAAACAUGUCACAUUAUGUUAUUAUUUAUUGUUGUUUGUGUGUUCAAAAUGUGCUGGAAUGAGUCAUUUAUCCACAUCAGCAUCAUGGAUUUGACCAUAAUAAGUUCAUUUUGGGCCAGUGCAGGCCAGAGUAAUAUUUAUGUAAAUACAACUAUAUCAUUGUUUUUUUUUUUUUUUUUAAGCAGUAUCCCUUCAAAUCGAAAUGUAAUUAUUUUCAUAUUCACCAGAGUCAGGAGAGGAAAUUAUAUUUUUUUGACCUGAUGAGCUAUUUUGUUUGUCUUGAAGGAAAAGUGUGAGCUUUUUGAGAUUUAGGCUAUUUUCAUUUUUCUGCCAUAGUUUUAUAUUUUAAGCAUUUAGCUGGUGCUGUUACCCAGAAAUAGUCACAGUGAGUAAUACACUCUGAACUCUUUCUUUCUGCUGUGGGGAUCAAACCUGUGACCGUUUGGUUACAGGUUGCUCUCGAACAUUUACUGUAGGCCACCCUGCUGCUAAUCUAUUUAUAUUUGUUUUACACUGUACACUGCCAGAAAAUGACGCCACUGUAUAUUUUGCGACUGAGACUUUAGCUUCAAGAUAGACCUUCUGGCUGAUGCGGAUUUCUCGAAACUCAGCUGUGAACUACGUUGAGUUUCAAAACAAAUCGACAGCAAACUAGGACGAAAAAUGUAGGGUUUUAGGGAUGCUGUUGGGUGCUUUAACAAAAUCAGUGAGAGGAGUUUUAAAGGUAAAACUGUAAUCCUUUUUUCUCUUGACACUUAAAAAGUAGCUCUCUAAAAAAUGAUGUUACUAUCAGGCUGCUACAAUGACAGACUGGCUAAGGAGUGGCGAGCCUCGAUGUUGUACAAACACCACCGAAGAGAGGGGAUCAAGAACAAGAGGACCAAGGCACGUUUUCCUUUGGCUUAGAAUGUCUUAAAUAAUCUGACAUUCUUCUGUUUAUUGAAUAUUAUUGAAAAUAUUACAGAAUAAAGUUGGAUGUUAAAAUGUCAGAUUAAUUAAAAGCAUUUUCACUAUC